CAUCAAAAUGCCACAGUGUCGCUCUCGAGGUUACUGAGGAGAAUUUAUAUAAAAAAAAAGGAAAAAUUAAAGAAAAUUUUGGACCAAAAUCGAUGACUUUCCCAUAGAUUAUCCAAGUUCCAAGAGCUCUAGGGUUUCAAUUUUACAAUUCUGUUGUUUUGCUUGUUUUACUCCAGUGGGGUGGUUGGGCAUUUGUGAUAAUUUUUCCUUAGGAGGAAGUGAAUAAUGCCUGGAAAACCUGAAAAUGAUGAUCGUCGGUUAGAUCAGAGUGCACAGAAUGUGUUGCAAUCGGCAAUCUACUCCCAACCUUGGUGGCGGGGAGGUGGAAAUGGUCCUACUACGUUUGCUGAAAGUGCACCGAGAUCAUCUUCAGCAGAGCACCUGAAUGGUUCUCCUGCAGAUGGAGCUAUUCAAUCACAAGCUAAAUCUGGCUUAGAGAAUGGCACAAACUCUAAUAAAGUUACUCAGAUCGCUGUAGCAUCACAAUCUGGUAGUUAUCCUUCCAAUUCAUUACCAGAUGGAAGCAAUGGACAAGAACACCAUCUCAAACAGGUACCAAUGGCAGCACCUGUUGCUAUGGGUGGACAUGUUGAUCCAAAUUCUCAAAUGGAACUUGUCGGUCACUCAAUUGUUUUGACAUCAUAUCCAUAUUCAGAUCAACAAUAUGGUGGGAUGAUUACUUAUGCGCCACAACCUAUGGUACCUCCUCAAUUCUUGCAUCAUGCUAGAAUGCCUUUGCCCCUUGAAAUGGAAGAAGAACCUGUUUAUGUAAACGCAAAGCAGUUUCAUGGUAUUUUGAGACGAAGACAGGCACGUGCUAAGGCUGAGCUUGAAAAGAAAGCCAUAAAAGUCAGAAAGCCAUACCUUCAUGAGUCUCGACACCAACAUGCUAUGAGAAGAGCAAGAGGUUGUGGAGGCCGUUUUCUUAGUACCAAGAAGUGUGAAAAUAACUCCACGAAUCCCACAGCAGAUAAAGAUGUAAAUUCAGGUGCUAAUCCUUCAAGACAAUCUGCCAUCUUCUCAGGUUCAGAAUUUUUGUCCAAACACAGUAGUGGAGAUUUGAAUUCAUCUAAUGGUCAGCUAGAAGGAAAAGGAUCCGUUGGUCAGGACAUGCAAGCACACCUUUCCACCAAUGGUAAUGGCAAUAGCCAUGGACUGUUAUCAAUGUAUCAUCCAUCAUCAGGUGAUAUGUUAACUGGAGGUUUCUUGGGUCAGCACAGGGAAAGCACACAUAGGAAUGGGGUCACAAAUGGAGCCCUCCCCAUCAAUUAGGUUUCCAUCUAAAGUGAUGGGCCCCCCAACUCUUGCACCGGCAAAGCUGGAGGCAUCUUGCAUACUCAACUUGGGGUUGGCAUCCUAUUCUAUGUAGUGAUUUCCUCAGGCAAUUCAUUCUUGGCUUUGGAUACUUUGUAACAUGGCGCAUUCUCAAAGGUAAAGGAAGACGAAGAUCUUCAUGGAGUUCCAUUUCACUUCCACUCGCCGCUUGUGUAAAAAUACUGAAAACUUCAGUUGUGUAGGUAUGCAUUAGGAAUAGUUUGAACGUGUAGUAAUUACAGAUAAGUUUACUUUUGAGCUACAUGCAAGUGUGAAGACUUCUUCUGUUUGUGACAGGAAAAGGGUUACUACAGCUGCCUGCUGAAUGUACAUUUUAACAUUGUUGUUAGUUGGUGUUUGUUUACUGUGUUUUGCU